AUGUCCAACUCGGACCAAUCAACCGCACUUGGCGAGUCUCUAACGUCGUCGAUUGUCUUGCGCUGCGGCAAGAACAUUCUGAACUCCGUCCGUAUCGCAUCUCAAAAUCCCGACUUGCAUUCUACUUCAGUAGAUGCCGUGAGUGCAAGAUAUGCUGCACUUUGGUCGGUGAUGCUCCUAUCGGGUGAUUCAAGACCGACGGAUCUGCGUCAUCAAUUGCCAUGGCUGAUGGAGCUUUUCGCUACUGAUUUCCCUUCGGACUUAUUUCUCAUCGAACAAUACAUUGCUCCUCUGUUCCACGGCCUAUUUGAGUAUGAGCAUAUUCUAGAAAGCCUCCACGUGAUGAGGGCCGUGGAUGAGAUCCCAAAGCAAGUUCAUACCCGAACUGGUACCAACGCAAACAUUCGAUAUACUGUUGGUCAGGUUUUCUACCACCGUCGCUAUCAUUACAGGGCUAUCAUCACCGGCUGGGAUUCCGAAUGCGGUGCGGGUGAACAGUGGAUGAUGAGGAUGGGCAUUGACCGAUUACAGGCUGGCAGGCACCAAAGUUUCUACCAUGUUCUCGUGGAGGAUCGAAGUGUUCGAUAUGUGGCUGAGGAAAACAUUGAACUUAUUAAACCUCACCUAACGGAACUGCCACAGAGCCUGACCGCUAUUGCGGGCAAGCAUUUCAAACGGUGGGAUGAAAGGGGUAGGGUUUUUAUAAGUAAUGUGAAGGAUGAGUAUCCAGAUGACUAA